GGGUUUGGAUACACCGGUUAGACUCGGAGAAAAACGCGGUGUUAAACCAGAGAAAAAUCAUUGAUGCUUCCUCCUUUUAUGCGUUCCAGGGAAAGACAGGGCAACUUUUUGCUGUUUUGGAGGAGAAGCAGAUUAUUCAAUUAUCUGAAACAGUUGCCGCAUCCUUUGAAACCAUGGAGAGUAAAACUAGUGUUCAGUCCAAAGGUAGAUGGAGGCAAAUGGGAUCUGAAGAGAGGAAGGCUGCAGUUCAUGAAGAAAUUAUGAGAAUGAACCAACUUCCUGCUAGUAGCAGUUAUGCAGUUCAUCGUCGGCGUGUUCUCAAUAAAGUUCUCCAGCUAUUAUCCAUUCAGAGAACUGUGUCGCAGGAAGAGGAGUUGGAGUUGCUUUUUGCUGGGCUAUCUCUAUGAACUGUACUGGCCAUGGUCAACGGGUAUCACAGCAACUGUGGAGUAUGAGAUCACAAAUUUCUGUAACACUGGAGAAACAUGGUUCAAACUUUUGUAGUUAAUGUAUAGAACAAAACGUCUCUCUCCCUAAUGCUUGAAAUGCCUGUGAAUAUUUUUGUCAGCUGUCCUUUUGACAGGUCUUCCUUCUCAGGUUUGAUAUGGGUGUUUCUUGGUUACUUUUGUUUAGACUAACCAUCUUUAGAAACUAAAGACUUAAGGCUGAGGUUUGUGGUACUUUUUUGUCAUAUUUUAAACUGUGAAUAUCAUUGUUAGUUUGUUCUGGAAA